CCUCUGACCCGGUGUCUAGUCGCUCUGUCUUCCUGUUCUAAACCACGUGGACGCGUCGGGGGCUGCCGUGGUCCUGGUCGCGCUCCCGGGUCCGGGGCCUCUGCGGACGGCGCGCACAUGGCGACCCAGGCGCACUCACUCAGCUACGCGGGGUGUAACUUCUUGCGCCAGCGCCUGGUCCUGUCCACCCUGAGCGGGCGACCGGUCAAGAUCCGCAGGAUUCGCGCCAGGGACGACAACCCGGGCCUCCGAGAUUUUGAAGCAAGCUUUAUAAGGCUGUUGGACAAAAUAACCAAUGGUUCUCGAAUUGAAAUCAACCAAACAGGAACAACCUUAUACUACCAGCCUGGCCUCCUGUAUGGCGGGUCUGUGGAGCACGACUGCAGUGUCCUCCGCAGCAUUGGCUAUUACCUGGAAGCUCUCCUUUGUCUGGCUCCGUUUAUGAAACACCCAUUAAAAAUCGUUCUGCGAGGAGUGACCAAUGACCAGGUUGACCCUUCGGUUGAUGUUCUUAAAGCGACAGCGCUCCCUCUACUGAAACAGUUUGGGAUUGAUGGAGAAUCAUUUGAGCUAAAGAUCUUGCGUCGGGGAAUGCCUCCUGGAGGAGGAGGCGAAGUGCUUUUCUCGUGCCCCGUGAGGAAGGUCCUGAAGCCUGUCCAGCUCACAGAUCCAGGAAAAAUCAAACGGAUCAGAGGAAUGGCGUACUCAGUUCGUGUAUCACCUCAGAUGGCAAACCGGAUCGUGGAUUCCGCGAGGAGCAUCCUCAACAAGUUCAUACCUGACAUCUAUAUCUACACAGAUCACAUGAAAGGCGUCAAUUCUGGGAAGUCUCCAGGCUUUGGACUGUCGCUGGUUGCAGAGACUACCAACGGUACCUUCCUGAGUGCUGAACUGGCCUCCAAUCCCCAGGGCCAGGGAGCAGCAGUGCUUCCUGAGGACCUCGGCAGGAACUGUGCAAAGCUGCUACUUGAAGAAAUCUACAGGGGUGGAUGUGUAGACUCGACUAACCAAAGUCUAGUUCUGCUGCUCAUGACCCUUGGACAGCAGGACGUUUCCAAAGUCCUGCUGGGACCACUCUCGCCCUACACGAUAGAAUUUUUGCGGCAUCUGAAGAGCUUUUUCCAGGUUAUGUUUAAAGUUGAAACCAAGCCAUGUGGUGAAGAACUGAAGGGCGGGGACAAAGUGCUAAUGACCUGCGUUGGGAUUGGCUUCUCUAACCUGAGCAAGACCCUCAAGUGAUCCUGUGCAACGUCAGGCUCUGCUGUGCAUGGACGAAGCAGAAAGAUGCGAAGGACCACAGGGACCAAGUCCAGGCAUGUCCAUCCAGGACAGGCAGCCUCUUAACAGUAUAGACUUUAUUUCUUUUCCACUGAAAAUACUGAUUUGAAAAUACAAGCUGUCUCUCCCACGUGGCUUCCAGCUGCUUCUCCAGUGACAUUCCUCGGAGGCCCAGGCUGUGGGCUUCCCGAUUCACCUGGGGGAGGGGCCCUCCGUGAGUGGCCACGCUGCUAGACAGUAUCCCAGCACCUCUUCUUCAUCUUUGGAUUGUGGUGGCUUUGUGUAGGGUUUAUGUGACAGUGUGACAGUGUGUGUAGAAGACCUCCAGUCGGACAAGCUAGGGUUGUGCCAGAGGUUGGGGCACUGGUUCCCUCCCUCGUCUUAGGAAUCAUUUGCUUGCAUGGGCACAUGCUAUACCUCACAUGGUAACUUGUGUUUGUGUGGGCCUGGUGGUUGGGAUGGGGAGGGCAGACAUGUCUUAAAAUGUUUUCUGUAUCCUAGGUGUGGCAUAAAAUUUUGUUUUUAUUCUUCUAAUUGCACUGUAGUGUAAAUUAUUAUAAGAAAAUUCAGAGUAUUUAUUUUUUAUUUGAUGUUUAUAAUUCAGAAACAUUAGAUCUGAUUUAAAGAUGUAACAGAAUCUGAGAUGUUAUCUACGUAUAAGCUAAUAUUCCAAUUUCAUGGAUGCCGAUAGAAGACAUCAAAGUCCCAGGACAGCCACAGAACUUUGUAGCCUGGCAGGCAGCAUAAACAUAUUUAAACUGAUGUCUCUACUGCCAAGUCCUGCUGUGGAAGGGAGGGGCUCAGGUUGGUGCGCCUACAGUAAAAUUUGUAUCACAGGCAAGGAACACAGGUCCUUUCUCAUAGCAAGUCUGUUCUUUGUUCCACUAGAGAUACUAUGUCACCACUCGAGACUGCUUACUGCAAAUAGCCUUCUAAGAAGGGACUUAGGCAGAGACCAGCAAGAACGUGCGGCGAUAUCCUGGACCGUGGUGGACUCCCCUGCGCUCCGUGGAUUCUACGUGUGAUGGGUCUACAGGAUCAGGAGCCACUGUUGUUCUCCCUAUUGGAGGGUGUCUGGGUGGAAGUCAGGAUGGCCUUGCCUCACUAUCUUCCUCCAAACCUUUUCCUUUUCACUGAGAGCACAGUGCUGUUUGCUGCUGACUGAGGAUGCCUUGCAGAAGCCUUGAGGGACCUGACCUUGAGGGACACCUGGACAUGCUGGAUGCGGCCCUGAGCCCAGAGCUUUCCAUGUUAGUGUUCUGACUGUAGCAGAUGGUUUAAAACGAUGCUCACUCACCAUCCCAGAGUCAGUAGGUCUGAAGUGUGGCAGGUGUGGUUAAGCAUCUCUGUCUGGCCUCUCAUAAGGUUGCUCUCAAGGUCUUAGCCCCUCAAGCUCUCAGGCUCUGGGAAAACGAAAAUGCAGGUUUCGGUGUGUAGGACCGAGUUCCAUCUUUUUGCUGGCUAACAACGGCUUUGAUUGGU